AUGGUAUCAAUCAUCGACGGGGGAGGUGUGCGUGGAGUUUUUGUGGUUCGAAUACUUUCGGCUCUCGAGAAAACAUUUCAGCGUUUGCAUGGUAAACAAACGAGAAUAGCAGAUCAUGUAGAUGUCAUAGCCGGCACAAGCACUGGAGGACUGAUUGCCGCAAUGUUAGCCUCGCCAGACAAAAAUGGCCGGCCGAUGUUUCAAGCCAAGGGUAUCGAAGAGUUCUACUCACAGAACUGUGCUAAAAUUUUUCCACAGUCAAACAGCAGAUUUAUCAGACUACUUCGCUAUAUUCGUGCAAUCUUCAAAGGCCCAAUAUAUUCGGGCAAAAACCUUCGACAGAUGAUAAAUAAUACGAUUCCAAAUCUUCGUCUAAAUGAGACAAUCACAAACCUAGUAAUACCCACAUUUGAUAUGAAGGAUAACAAGGCAAUCAUUUUUAGCACCUAUAAGGCCAGAAAAGACACGUUGAUGAACCCACAUUUGAAGGACAUAUGCAUUGGCACAGCUGCAGCUCCUAUAUACCUACCACCUCACGGUUUCACCAUAAAUGAUACUGAAAGUGGAAAGUCUGCUGAGUUCAAUUUGAUCGACGGUGGUCUCGUGGCUAAUAAUCCGACUUUUCUAGCAAUGACCGAAGCUAUAGAUGAAUAUCGCAUGCAGAAUCCAGAGGACACAAAUUUAGAAAGCCUGCGAUUUGUCGUACUUUCUAGUGGAACGGGUGAAGUUUCAAAUGAGCCUUAUGAUGCAAAAACUGCUGAAAAAUGGGGGAUGCUCCGAUGGAUUAAACCCCUAAUUGAUGCGUUAUUUAAAGGAAAUGAAGAGGCACAGAAAAAACUGAAAAAUCUAAUCUGGGACAAAGUUACAGACUCUCUUAGAAUUCAGCCAAGAAACUUAAGUAGAGAUUUGGCAAGCCUCGACGAUUCUAGCAUGAAAAACCUUGAAGGUCUUGUCAGUGUCGCAGACAGACAUUUGCAACAAGUAGUGAACAAAGAUGAUAUUAAAGGGCUCGAUCUCAACGAUGUCCAGAGCAAUGACGGUAUUACCUACCAGAUGGCUCUGGAAAAAUUUGCUAAAAUAUCAUAUGAAGAGAGUAAAAAACGAAUCGCUUCCAAAUCAAAUGAAGGAAAUGGGUAUUGUGAAUAA